CGCGUAUUGUUUGCGCGCGCCUCCCUGACGCUCCACAGCCCCGUGGAGCUGUUGUUCCCAGAGAGCUGCAGGACAAUCAGACGGACUGUUGGGAUUAGAGCGACAAAGGAGAAAGUGCUGCUUUAAGAAAAAGUCUUUUAUCGCUCCUUAUUUUUAUUAAUCGUCUCGCUUUUGGGGAGAGCUUUUCUAAUGUUUCCGCGCUGGCGCACAGACCGGUAUGGAUUUACCAAAGACUAGACGAGACACGCCGUGUAGUCCUCCACUAAAGUUUUGAUUGUCAACGCUGCCUCUCGACCCCGGAGCCGAGGAACUUUGACGCAGCGUUUGUGGAAAGCGGUGACCACAUGUGAGGACAUUUGGAGACAAAUAUUUUUCGGAGCGUCUUUUCGCUGCUCUGUACUGAAUCUCUCAUGGGGUGACCCACAUAGAGGUCCUCAGACGUGGACAGGCAGUCUCCCUCCCAGCCUGCGGCCUCUUCCUGUCCUCUCCUUAAAGGCAAUGAUUGUCGGCGGAGACACUCUGCACAACUUCACUGUGUGAAUGAAUCUUUGCCGUAAAGCCACUGUGCUCUGCCACCCUGUCACCAUGAAGAGCAAGUAUUCCCAAUACUACAAUAACAGCCUGAUCCACUCCUACUACGCCUAUGCUAAGAACAUGACCACGCAGGAGCUAAAUAAACGUAUAGAGAAUAAAACGCCGCUCACCACCCUCAACCUUGUCUUCGUGGUCCUCUGCACCAUCAUCAUCCUGGAGAAUCUGCUGGUCCUCAUUGCUGUCUGCCGCAACAAGAAGUUUCACUCUGCCAUGUUUUUCUUCAUCGGCAAUCUGGCAUUCUCUGACCUGCUGGCAGGCUCGGCAUACAUAGCCAACAUUUUCCUGUCAGGGUCAAAGACCUUUGACCUGAAACCUGUGCAGUGGUUUAUCCGGGAGGGGACGGCGUUUAUCGCUCUGGCAGCGUCAGUCUUCAGCUUGCUGGCGAUAGCUAUAGAGCGGUACAUUGCCAUCACCAAGGUCAAGGUGUACGGCUCCACCAAAACGUGCCGCAUGUUCCUCCUGAUAGGAGCUUGUUGGGUCACCUCUAUCCUGCUCGGAGGACUGCCCAUCAUCGGCUGGAACUGCAUCAACGACCUCCCUGAAUGCUCGGCUGUAUUGCCACUCUACUCGAAGAGAUACAUCCUCUUUGUUGUCACCAUUUUAGGGCUCUUACUCCUCUCUAUUGUCAUCCUCUACGUGAGGAUUUAUUUGAUUGUACGCUCCAGCCACCAAGAAGCAACCAACUCUCCGGCCUAUGCCCUUUUGAAAACUGUAACUAUAGUGCUGGGUGUCUUCAUUAUGUGCUGGCUGCCCGCUUUUACCAUCCUCCUCCUAGAUUCAUUCUGCAGGAUACAAUUCUGCCCUAUCCUCUCCAAAGCAGACAUGUUUUUUGGCUUUGCCACUCUGAACUCAGCGCUUAACCCAGUGAUCUACACACUGCGCAGCAAGGACAUGAGAAAGGAGUUUCUGCGUGUGUUGUGCUGCUGGGGGGUGCUGCAAAGUGGGCGGCCAUCUGACCGUUGUCUGGUCCCUCUAAAGAGCUCCAGCUCUCUGGAACACUGCACCAACAAACACGAACAUCAGACCAUACCAAUCAUGCAAGAUUGUACCACCUGUGUCUGACAUGGUGCAUCAGAGUACUUGACUGUGUGUGCGUGUGUGUGCGUGUGUGUGUGUGUGUGUGUGAGUGUGAGAGAGAGAGAGAGAAAGAGAGAGAGAGAGAGAGAGAGUGAGUUAGUGAGUGUGAGAGUGAGUGAAAGCAUGUGUAUGUGUAUGAGAUCAAAAGAGAGGCUGUGAUGGAGAGAUAUUAAAAAAAAGCAAGCACAACCUGGACUGAGAUGACUUGCAAGGCUUCAAUGCAGACUGUUUCUUACUACAACCAAAAGUUGUGUGAAUGCACAAACACCAAUCAAUUGUUUCACCCAUGCAGCAGGUGUAAAAACACAAUAUUUCAAGAGGGACCAAUUAAGUUGGUGAGAACUUUUCAGAAAUGUGAAAAUAGCUUUUAAGUGGGUACUCUCAUUAAUUAUAUGGAGUUGUGAACCAUUUUCAUGUAUAUGCCUGUCAUCUUGUUUUCCUUUUUAAAACAUGUAAAUCCCUAUAAAAAGCCAAAUACUGUAGAAAUAUAACAUGCAUAAUAUCUUAGUUGUGGUGAGUUGUUUUGGUCCUUUCAAGAAAUGCGUCAAUGCAAAGCUUGCACUUUGUAGAUUCAUUCAGAGAUCGUCUUUCUUAGUAAGGUUUAACCACAUUACUGCCAUACUGAUAUAUGUAUACAUUAGGCCCACAGAUCCAUCUCUCUUUCUUUAAAGAGGUGGACACAGUGAUCAGCUUCACUCAGCACUGCACUCCACAGAAGCUAAAUUACCACGAGUGCUCCCUUGACAAAACCAGGGCUAUAUAUUCCCUAUAUAACCUUGCUUAAACCAUUUGAUUAACUACAACAAACUUACAUAAUCUGCUUACAUUUAAUGCAUGAAAUUCUAACUUAUUUGUAAGUGCUAAUGUAUGUAUGAUAUAUUCGAGCUCCAGCUUCCAUCACUAACACCCCUUCCCUCAUUUGUCCUCAUAAUCUGUCCCUCUUGCUUUUACUGUUGUCUUUUGUAUCUUAACAGUUUCCGUCGAGGAAGGCCUAAUCAGAAAGCAUAUUUCCUGAAGUGAGUUGGCACUGAUGAUUUUUACUCAAUGACAGCUGCCCAGCAGCUUUGACUAAUGGGCAUGACGUCCUGACAGUGUUGUAGCAACAUAGCAGCAAUGUGCUGUCUCUGUUUGUGCCUUCCUCUUGGGGAAUUAGGCUGAAUGUAUGUAUGAAGUGUUUGGAGCAGGCGCUCCAUUGUUGACAGUAUUAUUGAUCAUCAUUUUGAAUUACCAAGUCAUUGACGAACAGAGGGUGAGAUGAACAGGGUGGGUCACUCUCACUGUGAAGUCUUAAAUAGCACCAUGAACAAAAAAAUUGUGAACAUCCUGGUUUAAUUUGCUAGCCACAUGCAUUGUGCAGCUAAAGAUGUAAACAUGUCCCAUCUUUCCAAAGACCCCUCGCCUCCCCUACAAAAUAGAAGAAGAUCCAGUUUCAAAUGCACAGGGGGGAUCUUCCCUCCUGGGAGGUCAACUUCAUCCUCAUUCUCUGACAUCCUACAACAUGUUACUUCCUUCAGCCAAAGGAAGUCCUGUUUUUCAUUGUCCGGUUCCUGUUGUUCAGGGUUACACUAACCUACUUCCUGUAGACACACAUUUAAAACUCUUCUCUCCCUCAGUGUUCUUGUAUAUUCAGUUUUACAUUUAGAUGACCAAGUAGAAAUGGUGAAAAGCACUUUGGCAGCUUCAGUGAUGUUUGCUUUCCCACAGUUUUUUUCAGACGGAGAGGUGUUUUAAUCUGUGUCCCUGUCACUUCAUUGUGUUUGCUUGACUCUAUGAUGUUUUAUAAUAAAUACAUGAAUAACUAUGUAUGUUUGUAUGUAAGUAUGUAUGUAUUUUGUACAGUAUGUAUGACUUGUGUUGUAUGAAAUGUCUCGUGUGCAAUAGCCUUUUGUGUCCAGUAGCACGCUGCCUGUGUUAAAUCGGUACAAUCUGAAACACUAAUGUAGGUACAUAAACUUUUUGUUAAUUGCAUUCCCUUUUUUAUAAAAUAAAUGAAAUACUGAAAUAAUCUA